AUGGUGAGAUUAAAUUUGUAUUUAAUUAUCAUUUUGAACCACGGAAGAGUGGUUCUAUGGUUAAUUACAUCUCCCUUCUUCCUUAAUAGUGGUUAUGAGUCUUUCAAUAAUAUCAAAUUAUCCCCUUUAGUCCCUUAUUUGGAAGUAAAGUUUUCCAUGAAAACAGACGUAUGGAUGUUUGAUAAAAGUUUUCAUAAAGUUCGAGGUAUGGAUGUUUUAUGGUCGUGUACUUUUGUUCGGUGUUUUGUUUUUUUUGAAUUUUUCUUUUUUCAGAAUUUAAACGACUAUAGCGGGAUCAUUUGGCUGUAA